UGCAAUAUCCACGGUGCGAUGGACGGCGCCGCCGCUUCCACCACCUCUCCAUCGAACUCGCCGCCGCCUUCUCCGCCUCCGGAUCUUCUAGCCAAAGGAACAAUGAUCACCGUCUCUCGCCACUACUUCAGUGAGGAGUCUGCGAAGGAUUCCCACUGUUUUCACAUCGACAUCAUGGAGAACAUGGAAGAAAAUUAUGGCAUGUUUGUGUGGCCUUGUAGUAUAAUCCUCGCUGAAUAUGUUUGGCAGCAGAGGUCACGGUUUGCAGGAAAGAAGUUGGUUGAGCUAGGCGCUGGAACAUCUCUUCCCGGUUUAGUUGCUGCUAAAAUUGGAGCAGAUGUAACAUUGACAGAUGAUUUGCAUAAACCAGAGGUGCUGGAGAACAUGAGGAGAAUAUGCAAUCUUAAUAAGCUUGACUGCAAGAUACUUGGCCUCACAUGGGGAGAGUGGGAUGCUCCGUUGUUUGAAUUGCAGCCUGAUAUAAUUCUUGGAGCCGACGUAUUUUAUAAUUCAACUGAUUUUGAUGAUCUCUUUGCAACGGUUACUUUCCUCCUGCAAAACUCUCAAGGAACUGUAUUUAUAACUACAUAUCAUAACCGCAGCGGUCAUCAUCUGAUUGAGUUCUUGAUGGCAAAAUGGGGAUUGAAAUGUCUGAAACUCUUGGAUGGUUUCUCUUUCAUCCCAGCUCACAAGGCUUCCUCCCUUCAGGGAAACAUUCAGCUUGUGGAAAUUGCAUUAGAUGACAGAACUGUACAUCAAUGAGAGCUCCAUAACUUGGCAGUAUUUGAGUGCAGCUUAUUGAAGAUGAAGAACCAAGGAAGGGCAAGUCCAUGGCAUGUCUAAUAAUUAUCAAAAUAGGGUAAGUUUAACAGCUCAAUUGCGUGGUAUCGUCGACUUAUUUGAUGCUUUGACGUUUUGUCAUUGGACAUUCAGAGUGGCUAAUCUAAUAUUUCAAGUACUUCAGCUAUCAUUUUGUAUCCGACGUAGCUUUUCGUUUAUUUCUUUUGAAAAACAAUACAUGUGGAUAAUUUGAAUGCAAAUUCAGAAAUUAUAAAUCAAAUUAGCUGUAGUA